AUGCCCCGCUCCAGGAAUCCCAGCCCAGGGAUGUCCCGGGACAGCAGCGACUUCUGUGGUCUCAGCCCAGUGGAGACCCCGAGGGGCCCAAGGAAGCCUCCCACAGACAAGAGAGCCCAAUCCUUGGACCGGCAAGUUCCCAAGAAGGACCCUGAGUCCUCGAACUCCAAGUACCCCUCCGGGCCCACUUACAGGAAGGCGCUUCGUCGGACGGCCAGCGACGGGGCCAGAGCUUCUGGGAGCCCACGUCACUUUGCAGAGGCCCAGGGAGCUGUGGCCCCAGCCCUCCCUCUGGGAGAGGAGAGUGAAUUUCUCCCCUGUGAGCAGGGACCCCCAGAAGACACCAAGAAAGAGAAGCCCCCGAAGCAAGCCCAGCAGAGCUGGAUGAGUGUGUUGCUGAACAUCUUACUCCUGAGGGUUGGUCUGGAGGAGCCCAGGGAGAAGGCCAGCAGGAAGUCAAAGGGCAAAGGGGAGGCGAGCAAGCUCCCGGAGGCAGCCGAGGAGCCGGGCCUCAGGAAGAAAUCUCAGGAGAAGAAGACAGGUCGGAAGAAACACAGUCACCGGAAGCCUGCUGCUGAGGAGCCCACAGGGCCCCGGAACUCAGAGGCAGAAGGCCAAGGGGACGUACUGUCCAGCUUGGCUGCCUCACACACCGAGGAGGCGGACCUGGGGCUGAUCCGCAGGGGGAGACCAGAUUCUGAAGUCCCCCAGGCCUCGCCCUCUGAGGGAGGCCGUGCUGAAUCCUCAGAGAAUUCUGCCCAAACUGCAGGUCCCCCAUCAGAAGAGGAGCCCCAAAAGCCUGACCAGGAUGAGCUCAUCUGGAAGAUAGUGGAAUUGCUCAAGGAAGCAGGGGACCGUUUGGAGGAAGAGCAAGCGCAAGUCCCUCAGCCGGAAGUGGCUCCCCAAAAGCCAACGCCGCCGCCCCCCAGGAAGAAAUCCCAGGAAAAGAAGUCCAGUCUGAAGAGAGCCUUGUCCCUCAAGAGGCUUGCCCCCGAGGAACCCAAGAAAGUGGGUGCAGCCACUGCCCUUGGCCCAGAAACCCGGCCCAAGAGGCCCAGCUUCCUACCCCUGUGUAUUAGCAGCCAGCGACCUUCCACCUCCAGCAUCCAUGACUCAGAGGAGCCAGGAUUCCAGGAGGUCCUGUCUGUAGACGGUGCAUGCUCACAUCCCUCUGAACGUCACACCCCAGCUGACGGCCGUGGACCCACGGAGAAGCCGCCGAGGGACAGAGCCUGGGAAUCCAGAGAAUUCAGGAGGAAGAUCCUGGCCAUACUCCAAAAUGCAGAGGAACAGAAGGGAGAGCAGCAAGCUCAAGUCCAGGAGGCAGAGGAGGCUGGAGAAAACCCCGCCCCAGCCUGCAAGGUGAAGUCACAUGGGAAGAAGUCCAACCUCCGACGGGCCUUUUCCCUCAGGAAACACGGCUCCAAGGAUUCCAGGAGGACAGAGGCCUCGGGGUCUCCGGGUGCUGCCAGCCCGGAGGCCCGGCCACCCAAACGGCACAGCUUCCUGCCUAUGUGUGUCAGUGGUCACAGAGCUUCCAUCUCCAGCGGCCCAGAAGACCUGGAGUUCCAGAAGCUGGAGGCUGCAGGAGGAGAACCAGCUGGGUCCCCAGAAGUGCCUGUCCAGGCCAGAAGCCACACACCAGAUGAGCAGCCUCUACCAGGGGGAGCCUGGGAAUCCAAGGAGUCCGUCAUCCAUAAGUUGGUGGAAGGUCUCCAGGAGGUGGACAGCGAGCUAGGGAGGCAGAUCCGACAGUACCCCAGCUUCAGGAAUUUUUUUAAUGAGUUCUCGGAUGCCUCCCUCAGGAAGCUGGUGGCCACCUUAGACAGACAGAAGGCCCGCCUCUGGGAGGAGGACAGGAGCCUGGUCAGCAGACCCCCACCGUGCGCCUUUGGCUCACUCAACAAGUUUGCCGCCAACCACAGCUGUGCCAUCUGCACCCUCAUGCAGUCCAGAGGCCAGUACAGGGGGCACAGCUAUGCCCACUUCCUGUCCAGGAAGGCCCAGCAGAACAUCACGAGUCCGGCUGGUCAGAGUCCAGACUGAAGGCCGCCGCCGCCGCCGCAUCUCAUACCCAAGUUCUGCCGGACUAGCCAGCAGCCAGCAGCUUUGGCACGGAGACCCCGAAGACACGCAGGACGGCCUGGACUGUGCUUCCCAAACACGCCUGGAGACGAGCGUGGACAAUGAUGCUCUGUGCAGUCGGCGCUGUCUGGGGAUGCUUUUCUUCCUGGAAGCUGGACCAGAGGCCAACUGGGGGUGGGGACUGGGUUGGGGUUAGGAGAGCGGGCUCCGUCCACUGAACCUGAGGAGAGGUCUCACCUCUGCAUCUCUCCAUCCCACUGUCAUGACGGCUGACUGACACCUGCCAGAUCCAGCUUUCAAUGAGUAUUAUCUAGGGUGUGUGUGUGUGUGUGUGUGUGUGUGUGUGUCU